AUGAGUCGUCAGGCCAACUGCAACCAGCAGUCCGGUGGGAGCCGGCGCCAGGGCUUCAGCGGCAGUUCGGCUGUGGUGUCAGGCCAGAGUCGGAUCAGCUCCACCAAGACCUCCCGCUCGGGUGGAAGUGGUAGCAUAGCUUCUGCCUGUGCCAUGAUGGGAGGAAAUUUUGGCAGCCGGAGUCUCCAAAAUCUUGGGGGGAAUAAAAAGAUCUCUAGCAGCGUGGCUGGAGGCACCUUCAGAGCUGGGUUUGGGUGUGCCAGUGGCUUUGGGGGUGGUGGAAGAGGAAUGGGUGGGGGCUUCGGUUUUGGAGGAGGAGCUGGGGGUUUUGGUGGAGGAGCUGGUGGCUUUGGAGGAGGAGCUGGUGGCUUUGGUGGUCACGGUGGAUUUGGUGGCCACGGUGGCCACGGUGGUUUUGGUGGGCUUGGUGGUGGCUUCCCUGGUGCGGGAAUCCAGGAAGUGACUGUCAAUCAGAGCCUCCUGCAGCCCCUCAACAUGGAGAUUGACCCCCAGAUUGGACAAGUAAAGACCCAGGAGCGGGAGCAGAUCAAGACCCUCAACAACAAGUUCGCCUGCUUCAUCGACAAGGUGCGGUUCCUGGAGCAGCAAAACAAGGUUCUGGAGACCAAAUGGAGCCUCCUGCAAGAACAGGGCUCUGGCACUAAGACCACUACCCUCAACCUUGACCCUUUCUUUGAGAACUACAUCAGCAGCCUCAACAACUUCCUGUGUGGGCUGCAGAAUGAGAAGGACAAGCUACAUGAUGAGCUGAGGAACAUGGAGGACUUGGUGGAGGACUUCAAGAAGAAGUAUGAAGAUGAGAUUAACAAACGCACAGCUGCAGAGAAUGACUUUGUAGUCUUGAAGAAGGAUGUCGACGCUGCCUACAUGACCAAAGUGGAACUGGAAGCCAAGGUGGAGAGCGUGACGGAUGAGAUCAACUUCCUCAAGGCGCUCUACAACGCCGAGAUGUCCCAGGUGCAGUCAGACACCAGCGACACGUCCGUGGUCCUGUCCAUGGACAACAACCGCUGCCUGGACCUGGACAGCAUCAUCGCCGAGGUCCAGGCCCAGUACGAGGCCAUCGCCCAGAGGAGCAAGGCCGAGGCCGAGGCCCUGUACCAGUCCAAGCUGGGAGAGCUGGAGAGCACAGCCGGCAGGCACGGGGAUGACCUGAAGAGCACCAAGAAUGAAAUCAUGGAGCUCAACAGGCUGAUCCAGAGGCUGCGGGCUGAGAUCGAGAACGUCAAGAAGCAGAAUGCCUGCGUGCAGACCUCCAUUGCUGAAGCAGAGCAGCGUGGAGAAUUGGCCCUCAAGGAUGCCAACACCAAGCUCCAGGAACUCAAGGUUGCCCUGCAGCAGGGUAAGGAGGACCUGGCUAAGCUGCUGCGUGACUACCAGGAGCUGAUGAGCGUGAAGCUGGCCCUGGACAUGGAGAUCGCCACCUACAGGACCCUCCUGGAGGGCGAGGAAUGCAGGUGA